CUGGACUACAUUUGGCGUUUUUUGGGAGGAGUCGUUAACGCUCCGAUAGUUGCUCUAAUUGUGAAAAUUGACUGCGUCUGGAAUUCAGGUGUCGCAUUACCUGGGAUAGACAGUUAAAAAAAAUACACCUAGCUCUUUUGAAUUCAAGUUUAAGGGUUUUGUUCGCGACGAUAAAGAAAAAAAUAAACAUAGAAUUACUAUGAAAUAGUCACGUUCGAGUGGGAACGGUGAAAGUUCAUCGCGUGUUUACUCAUGGCCCAACAACGCUUUCUGGUUUAUUUCAUGAGUGCCUACGGUUUAGUUUCUGCACAGGUUCCAAAUUAUGCACUCAAAGGUCAAGAGAUCAACUUGGUGCCGUCCAUUUUUGGACAACCUGAUGAAAUUCUCUGGACACACAACAACAAGAAAGUGGUUUUGUUUGACGGCAUGGAGGAGUUUGUCUUCCCUCCAUAUGAGAACAGGCUCACUCUGGAUUGGGCCUCAGCAGAACUCGCAAUCAAAGACGCCACAUACGAAGACAGUGGAGACUAUGAACUGGAAUUGGACGUAUACAAGCAGUUGCAUCGUUCCAAGUAUAAAUGGGAGGUUAUAGAUAAAGUAUCCAAACCGAGGAUAUCCUGUGAAAUGGUCGACACAUACCAGGCGACACUCGUGUGCUCAACAGAUUCCAAACAUCUUCGUUUAGUACAGUUCAAGUGGAGCUCAGGUGGAAAGAGGCAACCGGGUCCCAAUUUAACAAUUACCCUCAGCGAUGAAGAUGACGAUCGAGUUUACCGUUGUGAUGUGAGCAACCCUCUGACCAAUGAAACGGCUACAUUCACUGCCAAGGACUGCUUCCUGGAUAAAAAAUCUGCUGCCCUACUUGCCAUCAUCCUUCCCGUCAUUUUUGUCAUCGCCUUCAUUUUGCUCAUGGUCUUGGGCUUUGUAUUCCGCAGAAAACUUCGAGAUACAGCGUGUUUUGAAAAUACAAAGAAAGGGUUUUUUAAAAGACGGUGGAGCGCGACAGAAGGGUCCAGUCAAGGUGACGAGACCACAUCCUUCUUGGGCGGAUUCCCUACGCUUCCGUCCAAUCAGAGGCUGCGCCCUUUGCUUCCAAGUGAUUGGAUUGAUUCUGCUGAUGGCAACGAAGAAAAGCACGAUGCAUUAAAUGGGUCAAACAAGGAGUUGACUGGGGAUGAGGGUGUAGAGUCUGAUGCAGCCACUGGCCUCACCACUUCCUCCAAAACACCUAAUUCCCCUUUGACCUCUUCAGACUUGAACACUACAACUGAAAAUGAGGAUAUCUCAUCCCAGCAGAUCUCUGGAGACACCUCAGGGGAAACUGAGAGUGAAGUUGACUCACCUGAAGUUAAUAGGCCCGACUCUACGUCUACGGAGGAGAAAGCUCCACAAGAAGAAAAAGAAAGAGUUUCUGAGCAGGAGCCACUUUCAGACAUUGCGCAAGGAGCGUUGGCGACUGGAGGUGAGGACCGGCAGGAAUCAAGCACAUCGGCCCCUGCGGGUGACACGCAGUCAGAUAGUGAAGGUGAUGAGGCCAUCGCAGAUGAGGAACAGAGUGAGACUGAAUCCCACCAGUCCGCGACUGACGCACCACACGACGGGAACGCAAAUACAACUGAAACUACAACUGAAAACAAAUGUCCUAUUUCAAAUGAACUGAAUGUCGAACAAUAAUGAUCACACGCACAAAUAACCACGAAUGCUACUGUUAUACAAUUAAGAAAUAUCUAACACUGUGACUUUAAUAAUCUCAGCGCAGACUGUCAUAUUGGACUGAUGUUAUAUAACUGCUUAAGACAUGCUGACAAUCAGAAAAAUAUGACUCAGAGGCCAAAGUUUAUAAGCACUUAAGUUGUAAAUAGUGUAACUAUUUUUCUACAAAAAUACCUGCCAUGUGGAAUGAAUGGUAAUUAUUUCUUUCUCAAGUAUUGUUUUGUCAUUGACCAGCAACGACCUGACACCUGAGCUGCAUCGGACGCUGUACACUUGAAUUUUAAGAGGGAAGCCAAGUCAAGCAUUCUUUUGAUAUUCUAUAUAACCCCACUAGUUUAAAAGGCAAAAUGGACGCUCUCUGAGAUGGAUUAAAAACGGGAGGACUUUUCUGCUUAAUUCAUAUUCGACAAAUUCAAUAUGAACCAGAAUACUGUGUUGAGACAAGUGUCGGCGCAUAGAACAAAUUAUUGACAUUUUUGACUUGACUUCCCCUUUAAGUUAUGAUUUGCAUUUGUAUGUAAGGCUGAAAAUCCGUGUUUAAAUAUAUUGUACAAUUUAAAGUAAUAAAACAAAAUCUAAACAAUUGUUACGGCUCUCUGAAGCUAAGAUGCACUACGGUAUUUGUGCUUAAGUAUUUCAGCUUUCUUGCUAGCAACAAUAUUUUAAUUUGAGAAACAAAGCCAGUACUGCUGGAAAUUUCUGCUCACUGCUUUGCACGUUUUUUUCAAACUGUAAUACUUCACCAUACAGAGAACUUGUAUUUCCUUGUUUUGGAAUCAUAAAGUUGUGAUUGACUGCAAAUUGCAGUUGGCUGGUAACCAGUUCAGGGUGCACCCCGCCUACUGCCUACCGGCAUCGGCGCCAGCACGAACGCGACUCUCGUGAGAGUAAGCGGAUCAGAUUAUGGAUAAGAUAUAAAAUCUAUUUUAUCUCGGAAUCAUAAACCUGUUAUUCAUUGCAAAUUGCAGUACAUGGAAUUAAUGUUUCAAAAUAUGUGAAGUCGUUGGUAAAUAAAUGGUCUGAUUUAUUGCUCAAAUUA